GAAUGUCGAUGUUGAAGGAAGUUUGAAAUAAUAAUCUUGGUAAUUUUUUUUCAUCCGAUUGAAAAUGGAUAAUUAUGAUCUUAGUUCAAGUGAUGAUGAAUUCACUUUCGAGGCUCCUGUAAAAAAAACUUUUAUUGACGAAAUCUGUGAUGAUAAUGAAAAUAAUAUUGAUAAUGAUGAUGAUAAUAGUGAAAUUAGUGAAAAUCAAGAAUCUGAUACUGUGGAAUGGUCUGAGUGUGAUAAAAAUUCAAAAACACCAUCGAUAAUAAAAUUUGAUACUGGAAAAAAAUUACCAGGACCUCAGGUGUCCGCAUUUGUCAAACAACCUAUCGAAUUUUUCAAAUUAUUCUUUACGGACGAGUUGGUGAUGAAAAUCAUAGCCGAUACAAACGAUUAUGCAGCAAAGAAAAUAGAUAAUAAAAAGUUGUCUUCCCAUUCCAUUUGGCGAUCUUGGUAUGAUAUAACUAAUGACGAAUUUUGGGCUUUCUUAGCUGUUAUUAUAAACAUGGGAACAAUGCCAUUGCCAAAUCUACAAGAUUAUUGGUCCACCAAUCCGAAUAGUCUCAUUCCUUUUUAUCCUAAUACAUUUACAAGAGAUCGCUUUAUGCAAAUUUUUUGGAUGUUACAUGCUAAAAUUCAACCAGACACAAUACGUCCGGAAGUAAUUAGUGGUUUUCUUGAUUACAUAAAUGGAAAAUUCAUCGAUUAUUUUAUUCCUUCUGAACAAAUAUGCGUCGAUGAAUCCAUCGUAAAAUUCAAAGGACGAAUUUCAUUCAUCACAUAUAAUCCUCAAAAACCAACUAAGUGGGGGAUAAAAGUAUACACAUUGGCUGAUUCAAAUACCGGUUAUAUAUGCCAAAUAUUGCCAUACUACGGUUCUUUGACUACACAAACAUUAAUAAGACCGGAUUUACCAGUAUCGACGCGAAUUCCAUUACAUUUAUGCACCAUGUUGCUGAAAAAAAUACCAGAAGCACGUGGUUAUCAUCUUUUUACCGAUCGCUAUUAUACUAGCCUAGUGCUAGCCGAUGAGUUACAUAAAUUGAAUUGUCAUUUAACUGGAACAAUAAUGAAUAAUAGAAAGGGAUUACCACCUGAGAUAAAAAAACCCAAAUUCAACAAAAAUGUGUCAAUCAAAUCUUAUCGAAGAAAAAAUAAUCUGAUUAUAACGUGGAAAGAUAAGAGAAUAGUAACUCUUUUUACUAACCGGUAUAAUCCAUCAAUGAAAAACGUGAAACGAAUCAUUCGUAACGGUGUUUCGACAAUGAUAAAAAAACCAAAUGCAAUCCUAAACUAUUCCAAAUAUAUGGGUGGAGUUGAUAAAGCAAACCAGUUUGCCUCAACUUAUUGCUUUAUGAGAAAAUCCAUAAAAUGGUGGAAAAAACUUUUUUUUUGGGGCAUGGAAAUAUCAAUAAUAAAUUCAUUCAUUCUAUACAAAGAAGUGAAAAAGAAAAACAACGAAGAAUCAUUAUCUCAUUUGCAAUAUAUAAAAACAUUGGUUGACGAAUUAAAAGGAAGUUUUGUUAGAUAUGACAAAAAUAGAUAUUUAUCCAGUCAUAAUGAUACUAGAAUGAAUGGAAAACUCCAUAUUAUGUUAACUGGAAAAAAAAAAGACUGUGUUGUAUGUUCUAAUCGUGUGUCUGGAAAAAGACACGAGACAACAUAUUUUUGUGAUAGUUGUCCAGACAAACCCCGAUUACACCUGGGGACAUGUUUUAGAUAUUAUCAUACUCAUGAUAAAUAUAAAAAAUAAGAUGAA